AUGGCCCCUAGAAACUGGUCUGACACUUCUUAUCAGAAUGCCAUCAAUUCUGUCCACUCUCCAUCUAGCACAAUUAUGUUGCAACCUGAUGCAGAAACUGCGCUAUUGUCGGCCCCCUCGAUGAAUAACGAGACCUCAGAAGUUUGUCAACAGCAGCCAGUAGGCCUCGACGCCUCAAGCUUACUACAACCCACGCAGCCAACGCCACCACCUCUUCCUCAAAGGUGGUCACUGAUCACGGACCAACCUAAUGACUGGGCUCUUCUUGACGGAGAGCCGAGUCAGGACACUGGCGAGUCGGGACCCGGAGUCGGAGCUCAAUUAGUGAAGGCUCUACGCUUUCUUGGUAUCUGGACAGACAUAAACGCAUCCUCUGUGAAUACUGGAAACGUGGAUUUAAAGGAGCAGAUCGACUUUGAAUACUUUCCAAGAACCACUAUUUCCAUCCCACCAACUACCUCUAUACCAAAUUUAGAAGGCUGGAUUCGUCUCGUCACACGGAUUUGGGGAGGCGAGGCCGAGCUAGAGCUGCGAGCAGCGGAGGCGCGAGAACAGCUUGACAGAUUUGCUGAAUUAACUAGUCCAGAUGGCUGUAUGGAGGAGAACUUGCUGGUUCGGUAA